AUGACCGAGCAUAACAAUACAGCUGGACUCAAAACACAAGAAUCGAAAGAUCCAAUCGACCGCUACAUUGGUGAACAUUCUCUUCGCUUAAGAUCGGAACAAGAUGAAUUAGUUAAAUAUUCAACGUCGUUACCAGGUCAUUUAUCACGAAUGCUGGGUGCUCUCGAUGAAGCACAAUUCUUUCAGAUUAUUAUUCAACUCAUUGGAUGCAAACGCUGCAUUGAAGUUGGAUCAUUUACUGGUUAUACAGCGCUUUCGAUUGCAUUGGUACUUCCGCCUGAUGGUGAAUUAAUCGCAUGUGACAUAUCGGAUCAAUAUAUCCGCCGAGAUUUAUGGAAAAAAGCAGGUGUUGACAAGAAAAUUUCGGUUAAAAUUGGACCUGCUGUGGAAACUUUGAAGAAACUGUUGGAAGAAAACGGACCCGGAUCGUUUGAUUUCGUUUUUAUCGACGCCGACAAAACAAAUUAUAAGAAUUAUUAUGAAUUAUCAUUGAAAUUAGUCCGUUCGAAUGGUCUGAUUGCAAUCGAUAACACGUUAUGGGACGGAGCAGUUCUAGACGACGCAGACACGAGUGAAAACACCGUUGCUAUUCGACAAUUCAAUGAAUUCGUUCGAGAUGAUCAACGUGUUGACAUUAGUUUUCUACGUCUUGGCGAUGGAACGACACUUUGCCGAAAGAAAUGA